AGGAGGCGCCCCGAGGCCCCGCGGACCCCGCCGCCCGCGCCCAGGACCCGCCGCCCCCCGGCGGCGCCAUGGCCUUCUCCCAGGUGCAGUGCCUGGACAACAGCCACGUCAACUGGCGCUCCAGCGAGUCCAAGCCCGAGUUCUUCUACAGCGAGGAGCAGCGCCUGGCGCUGGAGGCGCUGGUGGCGCGCGGCCCCGACGCCUUCUACGAGGUGCUGAGCCGGGAGAACAUCCGCGACUUCCUCUCGGAGCUGGAGCUGCGCCGCAUCCUGGACACCAUCGAGGUGUACGACCCGGGCUCGCAGGACCCGCGGGAGGGCUGGGGGCCCGAGGACCGCGGCGGGCGGGACCCUGAGGAGGCCAGCGGGGCGGGGGGCGCCCGCACCGAGGCGGAGCCGCCGCCCUCCCUGGAGUACUGGCCCCAGAAGUCCGACCGCUCCAUCCCGCAGCUGGACCUGGGCUGGCCCGACACCAUCGCCUACCGCGGCGUGACGCGGGCCAGCGUGUACAUGCAGCCGCCGCUGGACGGCCAGGCCCACAUCAAAGAGGUGGUGCGCAAGAUGAUCAGCCAGGCCCAGAAGGUGGUAGCCGUGGUCAUGGACAUGUUCACCGACGUCGACAUCUUCAAGGACCUGCUGGACGCCGGCUUCAAGAGGAAGGUGGCUGUGUACAUCAUCCUGGACGAGAGCAACGUCAAGUACUUCCUGCACAUGUGCGAGCGCGCCCACAUGCACCUGGGCCACCUCAAGAAUCUCAGGGUACGGAGCAGCGGGGGAACAGAGUUCUUCACGAGGUCGGCCACCAAGUUCAAGGGCGCCCUGGCCCAGAAGUUCAUGUUUGUGGAUGGAGACCGGGCCGUCUGUGGCUCCUACAGCUUCACCUGGUCGGCCGCCCGCACGGACCGCAACGUGAUCUCGGUGCUGUCGGGCCAGGUGGUGGAGACGUUCGACCGGCAGUUCCAGGAGCUGUACCUCACCUCGCACGGCGUCAGCCUCAAGGGCAUCCCCAUGGAGAAGGAGCCGGAGCCCGAGCCCGUCCUGCUGCCCGCCGCGGUGCCCCUGGCGCCCUCCGGCACCGUGGCCAAGAAGCUCGUCAACCCCAAGUACGCGCUGGUCAAGGCCAAGAGCGCCGAGGAGAUCGCCAAGGUGGCCUCGGAGAAGCAGGAGGCGAAGAGGCCGCCGGGGCUGCGCGGCCCAGGGCUGGCCGAGCAGCCGGGGGACCCGCCGGAGCCGGCCCUGCCCGUCCACCCGGGGCUGCUCCACCUGGAGCGCGCCAACAUGUUCGAGUACCUGCCCACGUGGGUGGAGCCCGACCCCGAGCCGGGCAGCGACAUCCUGGGCUACAUCAACAUCAUCGACCCCAGCAUCUGGAACCCCCAGCCCAGCCAGAUCAACCGCAUCAGGAUCCGGGACACCUCCCAGGGGGGCGCCCAGCUGUGGAGGCAGAGCCAGGACGGCAGCCCCGCUCCGGAGCCCGGCGCGCCCCGCGACGGCCCCCCGGCCAAGAACGGCCUCCCCGAGGGCGACCCCUCGCCACAGCCCCCGGUGCCCAAGCCCCGGACGGUCCCGGUGGCAGAAGUGCUGGCCCGGGAUGGCGGCAGUGCCGGCUGGGCCCCUGGCAGCCCGGAAGAGGAGGCGCUGCAGAACGGAACAGACCGCGGGCUGCCCAGGCCCCCGGCCCCGGGCCCCGCCCCACCCCGGCGGCAGCUGUCUGUGGCCCAGGGGGACCCUGGCGGCGAGUGUGUGGGGAUCCCCAACGGCCUGGACCAGGAGGACGAGGAGGACGACGACGACUACGUGACCCUCAGCGACCAGGACAGCCUCUCGGGCAGCUCCGGCCGCGGCCGCGGCCCCCGCCGGCCCUCGGCGGCCUCCUCCUCCGUGUCGGAUGAGUAUUUCGAGGUGAGGGGGCACUCCACCCCUCUCCGGAGGCGCCACUCGGAGCAAGCAGCCAACGGGCCGGCCCAGCCCCCUCGCCGACAGCUGAGUGACCCCCACAUGACCCGCGGGACCUUUGGGGAGCCCCUGUGUGGUCCGUGGGCCCCGGGUCGGGAGAGAGAAGAGGCAGGCGCCCUGCGGAGGAUGCAGGCCUUCCGCUCGGUGGACAAGAGCGCACAGGACCACCUCCGCGGAGCCCCUGCCUCGGAGACCAGGGAUAAAGACAGCUUCCCACGGCCACCGAGGACCCCAGGACCACGGCCCUACUGCCCCGCUGCCGAGGGCGCCUCUGCCCGGAAAGGGGGCUCCCACUGCUGGCCGGCCAAGGGCAGCCCCCUGCCCCACACACUGCCAGACCCCGGGGGCCCGCGGCUGGCCGCCAACGCGCGCCCCAGCCCCUUGGGGAUCCCGUACUCCAAACUGUCCCAGUCGAAGCACCUGAAGGCCAGGCCGGGCGGCGGCCAGUGGGCCUCGUCCGAUUCCAGACAGAGGGUGCCGGCCCCUCGGGACCUCAAGGACCCCUAGCCGGUCGCGCCCGGCUCCACGAGGGCCCGGCCGCGGGCUCCGGGCUGCACCGCGGGCAGCGGGCAGCGGG